GCGCACUGAGAAAUCCAGGCCUGCUCGUGCCUUCUUCACUGUCCAACGGCCUUUGAGCCCAACGGCCACUAGAUGGCGUCUUGUUGUUUAGCGGCUUUAGGGUAUUGACUAGGGACCUUUGUUAUGAUUUGGACAGUGUUUUUUAUAUGAACUUGUUUUCGUUUGUUUUGUUUUUCUGUAAAAGGAUAUAUAUUAUAAGAUAAGUAUAAUAUGGUUUAACCGAGUCCCUCCAGUGCACUGUUUCAAUGAUCCCCUUUCAACGGUUCAAAUUGAUUCUCAAAGUGACGCUUGUUACAGACAUCGACCACAUCGACAAUAAAUUAACACAUAAAUUAUUUUCCGGAUAUUGCAUAAGCCAGGAUAACAACUUCUGGUAGCUAGCAGCAGUCCUCUUACACAAAAUGCCGUUUUUAAGUUUGGGUGAGCUUCCCAAAAUGACAAUUAACGAUGUACAUAUGAUUCUGUGUUGCUGCCCUUCUUCAUGCAAGAGCAACAAUUGUUUCAAAUUGUAUGUUUCGAGCUACUAGUACAUCGUCGAUUACAAAGAUUUCCAGGUAAACACAGCUGAUUCCCUUCGGCCACAGCCCAAUAAACCCGACAACACAUAAAUACCCACUCACUAAGAAACUUCCUCACAACCACAACAAACAUGGCCAAGGCAAGAUUCGGGAUCUUUCAAAGCGUCUUUGUUGUAACUCUUAUUUCGGUCUUUCCCAUUGAAGCCAUGGUCUUGAAAAGUCAGAAAAGAGACUGGAUGGAUAACUCACCUGCGACAUUCAGAGAAGGUGAUUUAGAGUGCUUUUCAGACUACAUGGAGGUGUGGAUCCACAGAAUGAGGAUUGAGGGCCUAAGGCUUUGGCUCUCAGGGGCCAUGAGAAUCCAAGUUGUCAACCUUGGUUCCUUGGACCGUCUAAAUAGCCAGCUCUCUGCUUGUGGAUUCUCACUGCACAAUGACCCCGACAAGAACUAUAUCUUUAGGGCCAUGUACAGCGGGUGUUUAGUUCAACAACAGUAUGGAAACAACGUCCUUGUGCUGAAUUUGGCAAAGGGAAUACAACGGUUUGGAGGCCGAAGUCAGAACUUUAUCAUGAAGUGUCCUCUGGUUUCUGCAGCGUCCAACACAGAACACAUUCAGUGUGACUCAGACUACAUCCAGGUGACAAGACAAAUUCCACAAGACAGCUGGAACAAUGAGCUUCAGUGGUCACUUGCCUUGAGGGGUAGUCUGAUUGUGGCCCUUGAGGAUGCAAGCCUGAUCCAGUUAAACAUCGACAAGGCUGGAACCAGUCUUACCCUGCAGGGCAGGAGGAGAGAGAUUAUGAGUCCAGUGACAGUGUUGGAAAAGAUUGGGGAGUUCCUAGCCUUGAAGCUGGUCAGUGGGCAGUAUGCCUACAGCAUGGAAGCUACUUGUCCUGAGGUAUCCCAGAACUCAGCAGAGGAAACGGUGCUGCACAUUUUCAAGCGUCGCAUGGGCCUGACGAAGAGAGGCAUCGAGAGCGACACCUUUACCCUGAACAACGUCUCCGUGGAUGGGACAGACGUGUUCACGGUACACGAAAACAGAGACUUUGUUCAACUGAUCAUCCCCACUGCCCUCAUCCUACAAACUAAGCCCUGCACCACGGAUCAGGGGCUACUGCAGCCCUUUUACAGGGUCCAAGUUCAACUCACCUUUAAAGAGACCAACCAUCAAAUGUACUGGAUUAUGGAGAACAGCUUUCCAUGCACAGUUUCAGGGACCAACGCUCCCAUUCCGACUCUGAGGCCUACCAUAUCCUCCAGUACCUCACCUGCUGAGGCCUACACAACAGGUUCAGAAACAGGUGAUCCGAAUACAACUCUGAAGCCUACUGUGUCCUACCCUUCCUCACCCACUGACACCCUCACGACCCUGGACGAUGACCAGAUCACAACAACUACUGCCACAACGCUGCCUACCCUGUCUUACACCCUCUCGAUGCCUGAGGCCUACACUACAGAUCCCGUGACCAAUGAACAAAGACUUCCUGUGACCCGUGAUGGAAUCACAAGGACUCCGAAGCCUACCCUGUCCUUCAGUACUUCAACACAUGAGGCCUUCAUGGCCUACAGAACAAGUUCAGGGACCGACAGGCCUAUUGCAACCGCUUCUGUAGAUCUAACCACCAUUUCCAUCCCAAACCCUUUAGAGGCUGCCCUGUCCUCUUUUCCUGAUGUCUACACAACAGCGCCUGCCAAGCCUCCAGGAACAUCCACAUACCUUCAUCUCAGCCCAGACCCGCCUGUGGAGGACCUCGCCGUCACCUGGACAGACGUCUCCACCAGCUACCCCCCAGACCCUGUGACCACCAGCUCUGAUUCCAACACCUACACAAGCAAUGUGACACCCCUGGAUCUGCAUGGUAAUGAGGCCACACGGAACACAACGGAGGCAGCAGAUGUUGGUGGUGUUGGAGCCCAGGACGAAGGGCCCCAGAGGGUGACCCUGGGGUCGGCUGGCACACGCCAACCAAACCAGACUGAGUCUCACUCGCCCCAGGAUGGAAAUGGAACACAAGGCAUGGAUUUCCAUAGCAACUCUGGAACAACGGAAUCCGACAGAGCGGUGACGGAAGCCAUGUUCCAGGUGGGAUUCCAAUGAUCUAUUCAUCACAGCUGCAGCUCCCCAGAUCUCCGCCCAGCCUAGCGAGCACAGCCCGUACCCCAUGCCCUGGUGUUUUGAUGAUGUGCUGACACGGAGCGCAUGGAACCUGCCUGACAUCUGGUUUUCAGACAUGAAAGUUACGGUGCUGGUCAUCACUGUGAGGAGUUGAUUACACAAGCAGAGGCUCUGCUACCCAUCUCUGCCAGCCAUGUCCUGGGGGCGAUGGUCUCCAGACACAUACAAACCAGCCGCUUUGGUAAACAUGUCUGCUGCCAGCCUGCAGGAAGGAGAGGGGGAGAGAGCGAUGAGCUCCCGUCAGGCAGUGAUGCUCUCCUGGCCCACUGCAAGCCUGGCAGAUCAUCAUAACACCGGUGUGUCGUUUGAAAGGACGGAAAGACUAUUUGAGGUGAACCUCUGCCAUCCGCUAAACAAAAAGUUUGGAAGUGUAAUGAACUUGUUUAUUAUGAAGAACAGUAUUGUAAUGUCUCCUUUUGAAGAGAAUUUUCUAGAACGUAACAUGUGAUAUUUUUGUUGUGUUGUUGGCACAUUGUAUCAUAAUAAUCGAACAGAAGAGAGUAGGAAACUGAAUCCAGUGGGUUCAGACUAGACAGAAUAAAACACAGGAUGUGUGGGGACUAAACUCAAGCGGCUGCAGCAGUUUAUUUAUUGGGCAGAAGAGGGUGCAAUUGUUCUUGUUUUCUUAAGACACUCAAAAUGCGACGGGUACAGCUUAGGAUUUUACAAUGUAGCUUUUCUUAAAUAUUAGUUCCUUAUAUUUUCGGGUUUAGUAUCUUUAUCCACUAUAGUAUCUUUUCAAAUAAUUGUCAAUGACCCAAAAGGUCAAACUGUAAUAGUAUUUGAUACCAAAUCAAGGGGAAUUUUGAUUUUCUAUUUCAUAAACAAUAUUGUAGAAUGUGGGAUGUUUAA